AUCACAAGCAAACACUUAAAUCAUGUUAAUGCUGGCAUCGAUUAGGCUGUGCAAACAAAUCACAUAUAUUUGGAUCAGUUGAAUAAAUGAUGCCACACAUUUUGUGGUGGGUGGCAGGCGCAGAGGGUGCGCGCACAGGAAACUGGAAAAUCUGUGCGUUGAUUUGCUGUGAUGUCGGCGCCAGGAGUCACGUACGCCCAAGAGGAAAGCUGUGCGGCUGCCACAGAACAAAUUUGGCAUCAGUUACUUAUGGAAGCUUUGCUGUGGGAGUGCCAGUGGCAGUGGCAGUGGCAGUCGCUGCUGCGCGGCAUUGCUCGGCUAUGCUGCUCACUCAGUACUUAUAAUUAGGGCUCUACUGUUUAAUUAUGCAUAUUAAAAUUUGACAAUUAGUUGUGAAUAUAUUGUCGAGUUGAUAAACGUAUUGAAAUAUAUAAUUUCACAGCUGACAGGCUACGGCGAACGGCUAUAAAAAGCCAACAUUUAGACAUAAACGACAACAGUUUAGUUUGCCAGCCAACUAGCCAAGUUAACAACAUGCAACGUUUCGUCUACUCUGUGGUCUUUGUCGCCUUGCUGGGCGCCGCUUUGAUUGGAGCCUUCGAUGACAAGGAAGCCAUGGCCAAGUUCGUGGAGACGGCGGAGCGCUGCAAGGGCGAGGUCGGCGCCAGCGAUGCAGAUGUCCAGAGUGCCAUGAAGCACGAGCCCGCCGGCACCUACGAGGGCAAGUGCCUGCGCGCCUGUGUCAUGAAGAACUUCAAGGUGCUGAACGACAAUGGUAAACUGGACACGGAGGCAGGCCGCGAGAAGGCAAAGCAGUACACAGGCAGUGAUCCCUCCAAGCUCAAGCUGGCCCUCGAGAUCGGAGACAUCUGCUCCGCGAUCGCGGUGCCCGACGAUCACUGCGAGGCGGCCGAGAAAUACAGCAUGUGCUUCAAAACGGAGGCCAAGAAGCACGGACUGGUCUAAAUAGGCAUUUCCAUGCACUACACAGUCUAAGGCAGCCCCGAACAUGACCCAGGAUUCAGCAGGACCUCGAGUAUCCCUAGAUUUAGUUUAGUUUAAGCGUAUGCUUCUGCCUGCCACCCAAUCCAAGUGGGCGGAAAGGUUUAUAAUA